AUGUUGCUUGAAAUGAUACUGGCUGCAGUCUUUGGGACCAUUAUUUACUUCUUUCUGACUAAGACAAAGGAGGAAUCUUUAUCUAUGGGAGAUGGAUGGUGGGCUGUAGGACAGAGGCCUGACUCUGAAGAAGAUACAGAGAUACGUCGUUUUAAGGUGGACACCUCAGAGGCGGAGAUCAAGGAUUUACAUCAAAGACUUGACAAAGCUAGAUUUGCAGAGCCGUUAGAGGACAGUUGCUUUCAUUAUGGCUUUAAUGCAACUUACCUUAAAAAAGUUGUCUCUUAUUGGAGAAACCAGUUCAACUGGAAGAAGCAAGUGGAAGUUCUCAACAAAUUCCCACAAUUCAAAACAAAGAUUGAAGGAAUUGAUGUCCAUUUUCUUCAUAUAAAACCUUUGCACUUGUCUGAAGGGCAGACUGCUAAGCCUUUAUUGAUGGUCCAUGGUUGGCCUGGCUCAGUGUAUGAAUUAUACAAAAUUAUUCCUCUUUUGACUGACCCUGUAAAUCAUGGCCUGAGUGGUGACCAUGUUUUUGAAAUGAUUUGCCCUUCCAUCCCUGGCUUUGGCUUCUCAGAGGCUCCUCACAAAAAAGGCUUUAAUACCAUGUGUGCUGCCCGUAUCUUCUAUAAGUUAAUGCUCAAACUGGGCUUUCAUAAAUUCUAUAUUCAGGGAGGGGACUAUGGGUCUCUGAUCUGCACAAAUCUGGCUCAGGUUGCACCACGCCAUGUGAAAGGCAUUCACUUAAAUAUAGCAGUACUGACCAGCAUUGGCUUCAAGCAGCUUCUCUCCGUUCUAUUGGGACAAUAUUUCCCAGCACUAUUUGGCUUCCAGGCAGAAGAUGUCCAACUGAUCUUUCCUUUUAAAAAAAAGGUGCUCUACAAGAUUCUGUUGGAGAGUGGCUAUAUGCACAUUCAAGCUACAAAGCCGGACACUGUUGGCUGUGGCAUAAAUGAUUCUCCUGUGGGAUUGGCUGCAUACAUCUUGGAGAAGUUUUCUACAUGGACUGAUCCCAGUUUUCAAAAUCUAGAAGAUGGAGGACUAGAAAAGAAGUUCACUCUGGAUGACCUUCUCACAAAUAUCAUGAUCUAUUGGGCUUCAGGUUGUGUGGUUUCUUCAGUGCGCUUCUACAAAGAAGUUUUUGGGAAGGGUAUCAGCACAGAAAAGCAUGAGAAGUUCCCUGUGGAAGUUCCCACAGGAAUUGCCGCAUUUCCCAAUGAAGUCUUUCACACUCCUCGGUCAUGGGCUCAACAGAAGUAUGUUAACAUUGUUUCAUACAACUUCAUGCCUCGAGGAGGUCAUUUUGCAGCUUUUGAGGAACCAGAGAUCCUUGCAGCAGACAUCAUCCAGUUUGUAGACCAAGUAGAAAAAGCCAGCUUUGUCCAAUGAAAAAGAAGUUCUCUGGCUGGGUGAUGGGAUCUUUCUUACCCUUCUGUGCAGAAUUAUUGAGAUUAAGUAUGGGGAAACGUGAUUUGUGUUUAGUCUAUUUCCCACUGUAGUCUUAGAUACGUUAUAGCUCUGUCUUUAUCUUAUGUAAUUCGAUGAAAAUCAGAUCCCCACUCAAGCUGAACCUAUGAUGAACUAGUACAGUGUUGUGACUGAAAGACUGAACUGAGAAUGAAGAAGUCUCUGGCUGUGUCCUUUGUAUUAUUAUUAUAUAGCAUCGCCCAUGUAGAUGGGCUGCUUAUACAAUAAGAGGGCAAAUCCUUGCUCCAAAGAGCUGACAGUCCAGAAGCAGACCCAAAGGAGGAAACAGAAGAAGUGGAAGGAAAUCUCUUCCAUCUGUAUAUAGCCCUUCGACUAGUCACUCUUCCCUCCUUUUUCGUUCCUCCUGGAUCAAUGGGAUGAUAACAUUGGCCUACCUAACAAUACCUUACUAAGAUAAUAAGGAUGGUGCUUGCUGGGUAUGCAAAAUGCAGCAUUCCGGGAGCAUUUAAUCUAUUUCGGGCUGAGCCAGGGGCACCAAGAGCUGUCAAAAAUUAUCAAGAUGGCAGGCAUGACCAUGCUACAAAAUCCCAUUGCUUUUUAUGCAUGUCUGUUGCCAAUUAAGGGCAGAGGCUUUGACUGUGCAGUCAUACCUGCCAUUUUGACUUUUUUGAGCUACUCUGUGGAUGCCCCUGCUGUGAGCCACACUUCAUGGCCUGCCUGGGCUGGGCUCUGAAAAAGUGGGCAGGGGCUGAAUUAUGCAAAUGAAUAAAAGUUGUAUAUAUUGACUUUGGGGGAUAAAUUACAUAUCUCUGAGACAAUUUUGACCCCCAGGAGAGGGUUUACAAUGGAUGUUUAAAAAAUUGUAUCAUGGAAGAGGGCAAUGGCAAACCACUUUUUCACUGUUGCCAAGAAAACUACGCUGAUGCCUGAUGUCGCUAGGAGUCAAGCUUUUUUUUUUAAUCAGAGAUGGAGGCAGUGAAAAAUGAGCUUCGUAGAGAAUGGAACCACAAAAGGGGAAGUAUAGGAGGCAAUCGUAGAAGUCUAAGUACUCAAAGCUUUAAAAAUACAUUUCAGUCUCAAACCACAUCUAGAACUUUUUCCUUGCUUCUGAACAGAGACUGUA